AAACGCUGUACAAGUUAUAUUAGAGCCGAAAUGCUAGAUGGGGUGGAUGUUAGUCAAAUUCAUGCCAGACUUUUUGACUUAACAUCUAAUUCUGAUCAUGAAUUCACACCAAUAAUGGAAAAUAAUAGGACACAAUAUGUAUGCAAAACAUAUCUAUUUCGGUUCUUUACAGCUUUAGGUGAUAUUAAAAGUUAUUUUUGUGAUACAUCAAAAUGGACAGAUAAAAUAUUAUGGUUAUCUGAUCUGCAAUUAACAUCAUAUUAUUAUUGGCAAAAUAUUAUUACUAAUAUUGAAAAUGGCAUUAUAAAUGCUGAAAAAAUUAUGAAAAAUACAAAAAAAAAUGAUGAUAAUGAUGAUUAA